GAUUACGGAAACGGAGGGACAGUCUGUGUGUGCGAUGAAAGCCAUUGCGACGACUUGGAGGCCAUUCACAGGACUGACAAACAAGUCGUCACUGUUUACGAGUCCUCUAAAAAUGGUCACCGUUUGGAAAAGUCGACACUUAAUUUUGCCCAAAAGUUUAUAACUAAAGCAAACAAAUCGGUGACAAUAAAUGUGGACAAAACUAAACCAUUAUAUCAGGCAAUCAUAGGGUUUGGGGGCGCCUUCACAGACGCCGCCGGUAUUAAUAUUAAAAGUUUGCCACAAAUACUGCAAAAACGGUUAAUUGAAGACUAUUUCGGGGAAACGGGUAUUGAGUAUACAUUGGGUCGGAUACCCAUCGGGGGCUCAGACUUCUCCACACAUGCCUAUAGUUAUGACGACAACUAUAAAAAUGAUUUCCAAUUAAAACACUUUAAUCUAACGCAAGAGGAUUUCAUUGAUAAAAUACCCUUAAUCAAAGCGGCUAAACAAGUGAGCAAGCACGAUUUACGAUUGUUUGCCAGCCCGUGGUCUGCACCGGCCUGGAUGAAAAACAAUUCACAACUCAAUCAUGGUGGUUAUCUAAUAGGAAAACCUGGUGGUGAAUAUUAUAAGACAUACGCUAAUUACAUAGUGAAAUUUCUGGACGCAUACAAAGCACAGGGCAUACCCUUUUGGGGCCUAACCAUUGAGAACGAACCGAUGGCCGCCGUAAUAGUGGGCGAACACCACGGCUUCAAUAGUAUGGCAUUUACUCCCGAACUGUACCGGGAUUUCCUGAAACUAGACUUCGGUCCCAUUAUGUCUGCCGCCGGUUAUGGGCCUAACGUUACCCGAGUUAUGAUUUGCGACGAUAACAGGCCAUACAUUGCCAACUGGGCUGAAGUCGUAUACAAAGACAGUGAAGCGGCCCAAUACGUGUCCGGAACGGCCUAUCACUGGUAUAUGAAUGAUAAAAAUAAUGUGGUCAAUUUAGACACUGUGCACAAUAUAGAUUCAACCAAGUUUCUUUUAAACACCGAAGCCUGUGAGAUAUGGGGUGGCAAAGAACACCAUGUUUAUUUAGGCAGUUGGCAAUUAUUUGAAAAGUACGCCACCGAUAUAAUUACGGAUUUGAAUCACUGGACCGGGGGUUGGGUUGACUGGAACCUGGCUCUGGACACUAGGGGUGGACCCAAUUGGGUGAAUAACUUCGUGGACGCGCCGAUUAUAGUGAACGCUACGGCCCGG